CUCGAUAACACCGGUUGCAAGCUAAUUUGUUUGAGUGACCGAGUAUCUGCGUAAACAUAUCAUCUGUAUUUUCCCUAGCACCUGUUGCGGUCUCUUAAAGUAUGUUGUGUUGUAUGAAGAGCAUGGUGAGCUUGCACAACUCUCGUCAUGUUGAUUUGUUAAAUCCGUGUCCGGUAUUUUUAAAUUUAUCAUUCUGCCAACGGCUCUAAUGAGAGCCACAAGUCGGCUUGUCUUUCUUUGGUACACUGGUCCUAUUUCAAGUGCUCAGACGUGGAGGCAUUUCCACAGCGCUCUUACCGCGAAUGUGUGAUCUACCGAUACGUAGCGGGAGCCAAAAGUGGCCAUGAAGUUAGGUCUGUCUGGAUCGCAAACUUCUCCAGUGACUCACUUUUACUUUAGUCGACUUCAGCUUAUUAGCACAAAGAGCCUUCACACGCCUGCAACUUUUCGCAAUUUUACGAGCUCGCUUGCCACGUUCGGCUCGAGUUUAGGCAGCAAUUACCGUCUAGACGCUGGAAAAGCCGGAACUUGUCAAUUCUCAUAGCAAAAAU